UCUUCUUCUUCUCUGUUUCUCUUUCUUGCCGUCCUAAGAAACUUGGGAAACACGGUAGAAAUGAAGAAGAUACGUUACAUCAAUCUAAACCUCCUUCUCCUUCUAAUACCUGUGAUCAAACUUCAGUUUCCGACGUUAUCAUUGGCUCAAGACUACGAUGAACCAAAGAAAGAUGAUACUCCACCGCCAGGCCUUGCCCGUUGCAACGGAGUUUACAUGUCCUACAGUACCGGCGGCCGCGAAAAGUUAUAUCCUCGCACCACAAACGUCACGGCUCAAGCCUGGUCGUUUAAAUCGACGGCCAUGAUCGUCAACACCGGUAUCGAAGAGGUCAAAGGUUGGCAAAUGUUUGUAGGGUUUCACCACAGAGAGAUUAUCGUUUCCGCGACCGGAGCUGUCUCGUCGGACGGUGACUUCCCUGUCGACGCAACCAAUGGGACGACGUUUAUCGGGUCUCCGAAUACGGAUCUAAAGACCUCGAUCCUGACGGCUGGUGAUUACACUCAGAUCUCUACCAAUAUCGAGAUAACCGGCACGGUUUUUGGCGGUAAAGGUACGGCUACGCCAAUGCCUAAAACCAUCAAGCUCACUAACGAUGGAUGGCAAUGCCCUGCUGCUACUUCUAAAGGCGGUACAAUGCAAGUUUGCUGUAAGAGGAACCCAAAGAUUAAAGCUAAAGAAAAGGUGAAAACCAAGUUCAUGCCUAGAAAAAACGGUGACCUGAACAUAAUCUACGAUGUUCUUCAAGCCUAUAAGAGCAACUACAUGGCUCAGGUGACUAUGGAUAUUAAUAGUCCGCUGGGACGGUUAGACCAUUGGAACUUAACAUGGGAGUGGAUGCGUGGCGAGUUCAUCUACUCGAUGCGUGGAGCCUAUGCGGCUGAGAAGAAUCCGGCGGAAUGCUUAAGCAGCAAGGCAGGGCAGUUCUACGGGGAUCUCGAUUUCUCUCAGGUUGCUAAUUGCCAGAAGAAACCGAUUCUCAAAGAUUUACCUGCUGAUCGUAAAGACGAUAAUCUCAUCGGGAAAUUACCUUUCUGCUGCAAGAACGGCACUCUUUUACCCGCUCACAUGGAUCCUUCUAAAUCCAGAGCCAUUUUCCAAUUACAGGUGUACAAGGUGCCACCUGAUCAGAACAGAACAGCAUUUUUUCCUCCUCGAAACUGGAAGAUUGACGGUAUAGUGAAUCCUCAGUACAAAUGCGGACCACCUGUACGGGUUGACGCGACCCCUUUCCCUGACCCGAGUGGUCUCCAAGCCACCACUUAUGCUAUUGCUAGCUGGCAAAUUAUCUGCAACAUAACCAAGCCUAAACCACAAGCUGCACGUUGCUGCGUCUCUUUCUCAGCCUUUUACAACGACUCAGCCAUUCCUUGUAACACAUGCGCUUGCGGCUGCAAAGAUAUCGACACCGACACUUGCAACGCCAAUGCCAGACCGCUUCUCCUCCCUCCCGACACUCUCUUGGUACCUUUUGAUAACCGCACUCUAAAGGCAAAAGUAUGGGCAAAGCAGAAGCACAUGGCUGUUCCAAAGAAGCUUCCUUGUCCUGACAACUGCGGAAUCAGCUUAAACUGGCAUCUCAACUCGGAUUACGGCAAUGGAUGGUCCGCGCGAAUAACGGUGUUUAAUUGGGGAAAUAAUGCAGUGGAGGACUGGUUUGGGGCUGUGGAUCUAGGGAAAGCUGGUUUAGGGUAUGAGAAUAUUUACUCCUUUAAUGGGUCAAGAGUUCCACCUAAGAACCAGACCAUUUUCUUUCAAGGCCUUCCUGGUAUGAACUACUUGAUUGGUCUAACAAACGGGACAAAUCCAGCUAGAGACCCGCAGGUUCCCGGGAAAAUGCAGUCAGUUAUCUCGUUUAAAAAGAAGGAUUUAAGGAAUUUGAAUAUCCCAGGAGGAGAUGGAUUCCCUAAGAGAGUUUUCUUCAAUGGAGAAGAAUGCGAGCUUCCUAAGUACUUCCCGAAAAAGAGUUCCGGGAAGAGAUUAUCCGGCACCCGAUUCUUGCCCUCGAUUCUCCUUGUGAUCACAACAUUUCUUGCCAUCAGUGAUCGGUUUUUAAGCGGUGUGUAGAUUGCCUUAGUUAAUUAUGUAAGUUGAUUUCUCUGUUUAGUCAAGCCAUGAUCAAGAAACUUGAAGAGAAUGUUUAUAUAUGUAUCUCUAUUCAUAGUUUUGGUUGAUCCAAGAAACUUGUAUACAUGAUCCAAGAAACUUGUAUCCAUGAU